GUGGUGUUCGGGGGCAUGGUGGAGUACGGCAAGUACAGCAACGACCUCUACGAGCUGCAGGCCUCCAGGUGGGAUGAAGCGCUGAAGGCGAAGACCCCCAAGAAUGGACCCCCCCCUUGCCCCCGGCUGGGCCACAGCUUCUCCCUGGUGGACAAGUGUUACCUGUUUGGGGGGCUGGCCAACGACAGCGAGGACCCCAAAAACAACAUCCCCAGGUACCUGAACGAUUUGUACGUUCUGGAGCUUCGCCCGGGCUCGGGGGUCCUUGCCUGGGACAUCCCCAUCACUUACGGGGUCCUUCCUCCUCCUCGGGAGUCGCACACGGCCGUGGUGUACACGGAGCGCGACGGGCGGCGCUCGCGCCUCGUCAUCUACGGGGGCAUGAGCGGCUGCAGGCUGGGGGAUCUCUGGACCCUCGACAUUGAGACGCUGACCUGGAACAAGCCGAGCCUGAGCGGGGUCGCUCCCCUCCCCCGCAGCCUCCACUCAGCCACCACCAUCGGCAACAAGAUGUACGUUUUUGGGGGGUGGGUGCCCCUGGUGAUGGACGACGUGAAGGUGGCGACGCACGAGAAGGAGUGGAAGUGCACCCACACCCUGGCCUGCCUCACCUCAGACUCGAUGGCGUGGGAGCCGCUGGUUCUGGAGACCCUGGAGGACAAUGUGCCGCGGGCUCGCGCCGGGCACUGCGCCGUGGCCAUCGCCACCCGCCUGUACAUCUGGAGCGGGCGCGACGGCUACCGCAAGGCCUGGAACAACCAGGUGUGCUGCAAGGACCUGUGGUACCUGGAGACAGAGCGCCCCCCGGCGCCGGGCCGCGUGCAGCUGGUCCGUGCUAACACCACGUCGCUGGAGGUGAGCUGGGGCGCGGUGCCCACGGCCGACUCGUACCUGCUGCAGCUGCAGAAGUACGAGCUGCCCGCCGCCCCCGCCCCUCCCCCCGUGCCCUCCGUGCCCGCCAACCCCCCCAAGAGCCCCGCCCCCGCCGCCCCCGCCCCUCCCCCCGCGCCCCCCGCCCUGCCCCAGCUCGGGGGGGUGGGGCUCACCCUGCUGGGCCCCGCCCCCGCCCCGCCCCCCGCCACCACCCUGCAGGUGCUGCCGGCGGUGCCAGGGCUGACCCUCCCGUGUCCCCAAUGUCCCCCCCGUGUCCCCAAUGUCCCCCCAGGUGUGCCGGCGGUGCUGAAGGUGAGUGGGACCCCCGCGGGCACGGCGGGACCCCCGCUGGUCACCGUGCGCUCGGCCGGGCCCGGCAAGGCCCCGGUGACGGUGACAUCGCUGCCCGCCGGCGUCAGGAUGGUGGUGCCCAGCCAGAGCCCCCAGGGCACGGUGAUUGGCAGUAGCCCUCAGAUGAGUGGCAUGGCGGCGCUGGCGGCGGCGGCCGCGGCCACCCAGAAGAUUCCGCCGGCGUCGGCGCCCACCGUGCUCAGCGUCCCCGCGGGGGCCACCAUCGUCAAAACGGUGGCCGUCACCCCCGGGGCCACCACCCUGCCCGCCACCGUCAAGGUGGCCUCGUCACCUGUCAUGGUGAGCAACCCGGCCACGCGGAUGCUGAAGACGGCGGCCGCCCAGGUGGGCACGGCCGGGGGGUCCCCGGCGGCCACCAACGCGGCCACCAGGCCGAUCAUCACCGUGCACAAGUCGGGGACGGUGACGGUGGCCCAGCAGGCCCAGGUGGUCACCACCGUGGUCGGAGGGGUCACCAAAACCAUCACCCUGGUCAAGAGCCCCAUCUCGGUGCCAGGGGGCAGCGCCCUGAUCUCCAACCUGGGCAAGGUGAUGUCGGUGGUGCAGACGAAACCGGUGCAGAGCUCGGCCGUGACCGGCCAGGCCUCGAGCGGCCCCGUCACCCAAAUCAUCCAGACCAAGGGCCCCCUCCCCGCCGGGACCAUCCUGAAGCUGGUGACGUCGGGGGAGGGGAAGCCCACCACCAUCCUGACCAGCACCCAGGCGGGGGCGGGGGCGGCCAAGCCCCCCACCAUCCUGGGCAUCAGCAGCGUGACCCCCAGCACCACCAAACCCGGGACCACCACCAUCAUCAAAACCAUCCCCAUGUCGGCCAUCAUCACCCAGUCGGGGGCUACCGGUGUCACCAGCAGCCCCGGGAUCAAGUCUCCCAUCACCAUCAUCACCACCAAGGUGAUGACGUCGGGCACCGGGACCCCCGCCAAGAUCAUCACGGCCGUGCCCAAACUGGGCGGGGGGCACGGGCAGCAGGGGGUGACACAGGUGGUGCUGAAGGGGGCCCCAGGCCAGCCGGGCACGAUCCUGCGGACGGUGCCCAUGGGCGGUGUCCGGUUGGUCACUCCCGUCACCGUCUCGGCCGUCAAGCCCACGGUGACCACCCUGGUGGUCAAGGGCACCACCGGUGUGACCACGCUGGGGACGGUGACAGGGACGGUGUCCACCAGCCUGGCGGGAGGGGCCGGUGGCCACAGCGCCACGGCCUCGCUGGCCACGCCCAUCACCACCCUGGGGACAAUCGCCACCCUCUCGAGCCAGGUCCUGAACCCUGCGGCCAUCACGGCCACCGCGGCCGGGGGCGGCCUGGGGACACCGACCAUCACCAUGCAGCCGGUGUCCCAGCCCACGCAGGUGACACUCAUCACCACGCCCAGCGGCGUCGAGGCCCAGCCCGUCCACGACCUCCCCGUGUCCAUCCUGGCGUCCCCCACGGCCGAAGCCCCUCCGGCCGCCGCCCCGGGGGGCCCCGCGCUGACCGAGCCCCCCGCGGCCGAGGCUGCGGCCGGGACGGUGACCCUGGUGUGCUCCAACCCCCCCUGCGAGACCCACGAGACCGGGACCACCAACACGGCCACCACCAGCCUGGUGGCCAACGUGGGGACGGGAGGGGGACAGGUGCAGCUGCUGUGCGAGGACACGGGCGGGGGGACAGCGCUGGCAGUGCCACCACGGGGCUGCUCCAACCCCCCCUGCGAGACCCACGAGACGGGGACAACCAACACGGUGACGGUGACAGCGCCACGGCCACCCUGUGCCAACAACAGCGGGACAGCGGUGACAGUGACAGGGUCACAGAUCUGCUCCAACCCCCCCUGUGAGACCCAUGAGACGGGGACAACCAACACGGUGACAGUGACAGCGCCACGGCAACCGCACGGCAACAACAGCGGGACAGCGGUGACAGUGACGGGGUCACAGCUCUGCUCCAACCCCCCGUGUGAGACACACGAGACGGGGACAACCAACACGGUGACAGUGACAGCGCCACGGCCACCCUGUGCCAACAACACCGGGACAGCGAUGACAGUGACGGGGUCACAGAUCUGCUCCAACCCCCCCUGCGAGACCCACGAGACGGGGACGACCAACACGGUGACAGUGACAGCACCACGGCCACAGCGUGCCAGCGACACCGGGACAGCGGUGACAGUGACAGGGUCACAGCUCUGCUCCAACCCCCCCUGCGAGACCCACGACACCGGCACCACCAACACGGCCACCACGGCGGCGGGGCCGGCGCGUCCGGGGGGUCCGGCCUGCGCCACGCAGCAAACGGCGGCCACGGGGACGACGAUGACGGCGCGGCUGUGCCCGGCCGAGGGCGGCACCGGCGGCGUCACCGCGCGCCAAGGGCAGGAUGUCACCGCGCCGCCGUGCCAAACGCCCUGGGGACAGCCCGAGGGCAGCGCGGGGACACGGGUGUGCUCCAACCCCCCCUGCGAGACACACGAGACCGGGACGACCAACACGGUGACAACAACGGCACCGCGGCAACCGCGCGGCAACGACACCGGGACAACCGGCACGGUGACAGUGACAGCGCCACGGCAACCGCACGGCAACGACACCGGGACAGCCGGCACGGUGACAACAACGGCACCGCGGCAACCGCACGGCAACGACACCGGGACAACCGGCACGGUGACGGUGACGGGGUCACAGCUCUGCUCCAACCCCCCCUGCGAGACCCACGAGACCGGCACCACCAACACGGUGACGGUGACGGCGCAACGGCCACCCCGUGCCAACGAGACGGGGACAGCGGUGACAACAACGGGGACACGGGUGUGCUCCAACCCCCCCUGCGAGACACACGAGACGGGGACAACCAGCACGGUGACAACAACGGCACCGAGGCCACCCUGUGCCAACGACACCGGGACGACGGUGACGGUGACAGGGUCCCAGCUCUGCUCCAACCCCCCCUGCGAGGUGCACGAGACGGGGACGACCAACACGGUGACGGUGACGGCGCCACGGCCACCGUGCGCCAACGAGACGGGGACAACGGUGACAACGGUGACGGGGACAACGGUGACGGGGUCACAGCUCUGCUCCAACCCCCCCUGCGAGACCCACGAGACGGGGACAACCAACACGGCCACCACCACCACGGCCACCUCGCGCGAGCCGGCGGGGACAUCGUCAGGGACAUCGUCGGGGACGUCAUCGGGGACGUCACCGGUGCCACCACCCUGCUCCACCCACGAGCCCGGCGCGGUGACGGUGACGGGGGUCCCAGCUCUGCUCCAACCCCCCCUGCGAGACCCACGAGACCGGGACCACCAACACGGCCACCACGCCACCGCCGGCUCCCGGCCGGGUGACGCCACCACCACGGCCACCAGCGCUGCCACCUCCGGCUCAGGGGGGUCCCCCCAGCCUGGUGCCAACCCCCCCUGCGGGACCCCCGAGCCCCCCGCGGGGUCCCCGCCCUGCCAGGGCCAGCAGGGCGGUGCUGAGGGGGUGACGGUGCCAGCGCCCGGUGCCACCAGCGGUGUCACCAGCGGUGUCACCAGCCCCCCCCGCGCCUGCUCCAACCCCCCCUGCGAGACCCACGAGACGGGGACGACGGCCACGGCCACCACGGUGACGGCCAGCAUGGGCACCAGCCAAGGUGAGCCUCGGACCCCCCCCCCGCCGGCUGCCAACGGUCAGGGUGAGGGGGAGCCCCCCCCCAGCGAGGGUGGGGGUCCCCCGGUGCCCCCCCCCGGGACCCCCAGCCCCCCCGGCCCCAGCGGAGCCCCCCAGGCCCGGGCGGUCACCACGGUCACUCAGUCCACGCCAGCGCCGGGGCCGGCCGUGCCGGACCCCCCCCCGGCUCCGUCCCCGUCCCCCCCCGGCGCCGAGGCGGCCGCGGGUGAGGCCGGGGGGUCCCCGGAGCCGCUGGCCGUGGUGGUGCUGCCGCCGGCUGCGGGCGAGGGGGCUCCGGCCGAGGGGCUGGCGCUGCCCCCCGAGCUGCUGGCCGAGGCGGGGGGCGCGGGGGGACCCCCGGGGCUGACCCCCGAGGAGCUGGCGGUCACCGCGGCGGCCGAGGCGGCGGCGGCGGCUGCGGCCAGCGAGGAGGCGCAGGCCCAGGCUCUGGCCAUCCAGGCCGUGCUGCAGGCGGCGCAGCAGGCGGUCAUGGGAACAUCGGAACCCCUGGACCCGGCCGAGCCCGGGGGGGGGCCCCACGGACCUCGGGGGUGCCCUGGGGGUGUCGGAGGGGGGGGGCGGGGGGCGCGGGGGGGGGCGCUGCCCCUGGUGCUGACUCAGCAGGAGCUGGCGGCGCUGGUGCAGCACCAGCAGCACCUGGCCGAGGCCCAGGCGGCCGCGCCCCCUCCCCAUUUGCCCACCGAGGCCUUGGCCCCCGCCGACAGCCUCAACGACCCCGCGGGGGACAGCAACGGGCUGGGGGGGGCAGAGCUGGGCACCGGCCCCGGGGGGGGCACCCCCGGCAGCCUCCUGCCCCCCCCCGGGGACGGCCUGGCCCCCUCGAGCGCCUUCGUGGCCCCCCGGGCCCCCCCCCCGGUUGCCCCCAGCCCCGCCAAGCUGCAGGCGGCCGCUGCCCUGGCCGAGGUGGCCAACGGCAUCGAGAGCACCCCCGUGGUGACCGGGGCGCCGCCCCCCAAGGCGCCCCCCAAGAAGGAAAAUCAAUGGUUCGAUGUGGGGGUCAUCAAGGGCACCACCAUGAUGGUCACUCACUACUUCCUGCCCGCCGAGGACGCGCCCCCGGACGACGAGGCCUCGGGGGUCCCGGACCACUCCCAGCUGCGGCGCCAGGAGCUGCAGCCGGGCACCGCCUACAAGUUCCGCGUGGCGGUCAACGCCUGCGGCCGCGGCCCCUUCUCGGAGCUGUCGGCCUUCAAAACCUGCCUGCCCGGCUUCCCCGGGGCUCCCUGCGCCAUCAAAAUCAGCAAGAGCCCGGACGGGGCGCACCUGACGUGGGAGCCGCCGUCGGUGACGUCGGGCCGCAUCGCCGAGUACUCGGUGUACCUGGCGAUCCAGGGGGGGCCCGGGGGGGGUCCCGAGGCCCGUGGGGGGAGGGCUCAGCUGGCCUUCAUGAGGGUCUACUGCGGGCCCAGCCCCUCGUGCCUGGUGCCGGCCUCGAGCCUGGCGAGCGCCCACAUCGACCACACCACCAAACCGGCCAUCAUCUUCCGCAUCGCCGCCCGCAACGACAAGGGCUACGGGCCCGCCACCCAGGUGCGGUGGCUGCAAGAGUCGAGCAAGGACGGAGCCGCCGGGAAAGCCGGCAGCAAACGGCCCCUGGCGUCCCCCGACCUGAAAUCCGCUCCAAAGAAGCCCAAGGCCGAAGGGCAGUGAAGGACCCCCGGGACCCCCCCCCAAAAAAAGAAAAACAAAAA